GUCUCUAGGACUGAGGCGCGGAAGUGCGCGUGCGCGGUGCGGAGCUGCGGGCGAGCAGCGGCGCUCGCGUUCCGGCAUCGACGUCAGGCACGAGGACCAACCGGCGGAUGCUGGAGCCGGCGCUGCCUGCGACCGGGGCCUGGGUUUUCUGUCAGGUGUUCCACUGUAAUGAUGCUGGAGUUAAAUUUCCAUUUUUUUGCUGCACAUCAGAGCAAUUUGUCUGCAUACAGAAAUGAAAUAAUAUUUAAAAACAGCUGGCAAAUUAAAGAUUGCAGUGGCCUAACCUCUAUGCUCAAGUAACAUUAAUUGGACUGCAAGAACUAGUUUGGGUCGGUGCCUGUUGAAGAUAGGAAUCCUCCACAUAGCCCUAGCUGUCCUGGAAUUCACUCUUGACCAGCCUGGCCUCAAACUCGCAGAGAUCGGCCUGGCUCUGCCUCCCGAGUGCUGGGAUCAAAGGUGUGUGCCACUACCGCACAGCUACCAGUAACCCUUACCAGCUACUGCCACCCUUUCCAGUAGCACCAGAAACCAGGUAACCCAAAUCUAUUACUGGAACCAUGAAAGUUUUGUUGGUGUUUGACUUUGACAAUACAAUCAUAGAUGACAACAGUGACACCUGGAUAGUACAGUGUGCUCCAGACAAAAAGCUUCCUGUUGAAUUACAAGAUUCUUACCAAAAGGGGUUUUGGACAGAAUUUAUGGGCAGAGUCUUUAAGUAUCUGAGAGACGAAGGGGUAAAAGAAGAUGAAAUGAAGAGAACGGUGACAUCAAUGCCUUUCACUUCGGGAAUGACAGAACUUUUCAGCUUUCUGAGAAUGAAUAAGGACAGAUUUGACUGCAUCAUUAUUUCAGAUUCAAAUUCAGUCUUCAUAGAUUGGGUUUUAGAAGCUGCUGAUUUUCAUGAUGUCUUUGAUAACGUGUUUACAAAUCCAGCAGCUUUUGACAGCAAUGGCCGUCUUGCAGUGAAAAACUGCCAUGCUCAUUCUUGCAGCAGGUGCCCAAAGAAUCUUUGCAAAAAUACAGUUUUGGUAGAAUUUAUAGAUGAACAAUUACAAAAGGGCGUGAGAUAUACUCGGAUUGUUUAUAUAGGGGAUGGUGGAAAUGAUGUCUGUCCAGUAACCUUUUUAAAGAAAAAUGAUGUUGCCAUGCCACGGAAAGGAUACGCUUUACAUAGAACUCUAGCCAGGAUGUCUCAGAAUCUUGAGCCUAUGGAAUCAUCUAUUGUAGUUUGGUCUUCAGGUGUCGAGAUAAUUUCUCAUUUGCAGUGUCUAAUAAAGGAUUGAUGUGCCAAGCAUUGAAAUCUGAAUUAGUUAAGAUUGGGCUCAGCAAAAUAAAACUAAAUCCCUAAUGUUAGCACCUUUAAAAAUGUGAGGAUUUUCCUCUUAGAAGAAUUCUGGUCAAGGGCACUUUGUUGCUCAGCCAACCUCAGCUUUUAGUUCCAAUCCAUGAUUUGAGGUUGAUACCUAAGCUCAAGUCCUCACAACAAACAUUCUGACCAAGAACCAGGGCAGUGAGGUUGUAACCCUUUGUUUAAGAAUAUUUUCCAAUUGUACCAAACAGUUCUGUUUGAAUAUCACUAGCCAAAACCUAGUCAGUGCCUUUCCUAACUGCAAAGAUGGAAAGUACAGCUUUCAUUCCAGGUGGUCAUGUGCCCAGGAAAAAGUGGAAAAACAAUACGAAAUUGAGGUAGGUUUAACUCAUGGUCUGUAUUAGUGGUGGUUAAUGGAUUAUAUUUUUUUAGACUUUUUUUCUGAAAAAAAAAAAAAAAAAAAAAAACAGGUUUUACUUCCUUCAAAAAUAUAUCCAGCAGUUACAGAUGUUGAAAUAGCAGAUGUGCUCUCUUCUCCUGCUGUCAUAUAGACAGUUGAGUGUGUUCAAGAUUUAGCUUCACCUAACCCACUACUGUAGCUGAGGGAGGCAUUAUUGCUGGAGAUGUAAUGGAUGCUAAUUCUGCCUUCCAGGAGGCACUAAAGACUGCACUCAUCAAAGAUGGCCCAGCAUGGGGAUCAUGCAAAACUGCCAAAGCCUUAGGCAAGUGCAUGUGUGAACCCAAUUGUGAUGAGCCUGUCUGUGUCAGGUUGGUGGAGGAGCUUUGUGCUGAGCAUGGAAAUCGGCCUAAUUAAGGUUGAUGACAAGAAACUAGGAGUAUUUUAGGCAUCUGUGAAAGAAAGAGAGGAAAUGGUAAACUUCUUGGUUGUGGUGUGUUAAGGAUGCCACUGAAGAAUGCUUCAAAUACAAGAAAUAAAAUUGGCUUUACUUUCCAAAAACAAAAGCCUGAUGCUUUAUUCACUUAAGAAUAAAAGGCUCUCAAAUGUGUAUAAUGUCUUCUGAAAUCUGAUUUUAAAACAAGGGUGCAGUGUUUUAAGCUUUAUUUGUGUGGGCUUGAGGCAUGCGUGAUUUGUGUGUGGAGGUCAGAAGACCAACACCCACAAGUGGUCUUCUGACCUCCACACACAAAUUAUACCAUGUGGGUUCCAGGGUUGAGCGCAAGUCAUCAGCCGUAGUGACAAGUGCCCUUAACUACUGAGCCAUCUCACUAGCCAAGAUGCAGUUUUUCUUGUUGGAAGUUUUCAUCAGUCAGGAUUUCCUUUUGAAAUGAAAUACAUUUUUCUCGCAUGUAUCAUGUUUAUAUCAUAGCAUCAUAAAUAAUUACUGUGAUAUAGUGCUUUGUUGUUUCAAGACAGAGUCUUACUAUGUAACCCAGACAAACCUCAGGCUCUCAGUCCUGCCUGUUUGUAUCCAGUGUUGGGAUCACAGGUAUGUACCACCAAGCCUGGCUUCAGCUAGUUUGUAAACUGUUAUUAUUUGGCAAUACAGUUGUGAAAAAUAAGAACUUGGAUGAAUAUUCAACAGUUGAGAGGCUGAUGUAGGAAUAUUAGCAAAAUAUCCAGCUGAUCUAGACGUUUUUAUAAAUGCAUGCUAAUCCAUAGGUUCAUAACUGAACUUAAAUACCCAGGACUUGGAAUAGGAUCUUUUUAUGUUUUGGUUUUGCCGUUUUUCUGGUUGUUUUUGGUUUUUGGUUUUGUUUUUGUGUUUGUGUUUUGUUUUUAGAGACAGGGUCUUACUGUGCAGCCUUGGAACUUGGCAUGUAGGACAAGCCAUCCACGAGCCCACCAACUACCUUCCUGCUUCUGCCUUUUAAGUGCUAGUAGCAUAAACAUCCAUCAACACACUGGCAUAGUACAGUUUUCUUAAUAUCCAGAAAUAGAAAUAGUCAGUAUAAUGUAAUGGGAAAAUUGUAUUCUAGUUUUCUUUCUAAUUACAAAGUGAAUCCUUAAUAGAUUAGAUUUUGCUGAAACAUUACUUAUUGUAGUGAAAAUUUUGUAAUUUUGGUUUCUUUAAAAAAACAAAUGUUUUGAGACUUAUGUUUGUGUUGUAAUCCCAUGUGUAGGGAAUCUGAGGCUGCUUCGCAGCAGCUGACUGUGAGUUGCCUCGUGCUCUAGCAGGGCCAUGGUUUUGACAGCUGCAGAUAGUUUCUGCAAUUGUGUGAGGUUUGGAAUUCUGGGAACUUUUCAGAGACUAUUGAAGUGCUAGGCCCUGAGAGGCAAGGUAGCCGUUAUUAGCUGCUGCUGGUUAGAUGCUGUUGAUCGCUGUUCAUAUGCGAAGAAGUGAGAAGAAGAAAUUAGGUAUCCUGACAGCAAAGAUCAAACUUGCCCCAAGGGAAGCUCUUCAUCAGCAGGAAGUGGUCUAAGGAUAACUCCACACCUAUCCUCUCUAUCCUUUUUUCCUCUCCUGCUUUGGGGUUAACAAGGGUGGAGAAGCAUGGGUGAGGUGGCCCAGGCCUUUCAUCCCAGCACUUGGGAGCAAAGGCAGGUGGAUCAGAGUAGAUCCAGCCUGUUCUACAAAGUGAGUUCCUGGACAGCCAGGGCUAUGCACAGAAACUGUGCCUCUAAAACCCAAAAAAUAAAAAAUAAAAUACUUGCUUAACUACAUCAGAAAGCUGACAGCAAUGAGGAAAUUCUAAGGAAAUGCAGAAAUGUGGGUGGGAACUAUUUCUCUGUAUGUGUUUGAAACCAGUGUAGCUGCACUCUAGUUCAAGGCCAGACUUAGCUACAUAAUAAGAUCAUGUCCAAGCAAAAGAAAAAAAAAAAAAAAAAAAACAGAAAUACUAGAACUGAUACUAACCAUUAACCAGUAUUAGUGUCUGAUGAUUUUUUUUGUUUUUCUCUUUUAGAUAGGUUCUCCCUCUGUAAGCCAGGCUGGCCUCAGAAUCAGUUUUCAGCUUCCCAAGUGCUAGGCUUAGAGGUAUGUGCAACUAUGCCCAGCCUGAAAUUAGGAUCUUACACAGAGUAACCAUAGCUGGAGUAAGAGUUCAUAAACGAACAAAAGAUGAAACCAUUCAGAAUGAUACAGGCGGUGAUAAAACAAUGCAAAGAGCAGUUGAACUAAGAUCCAUUAACUGGGAGGCAGAGGCAUUUCGAGGCCAGCCUGGUCUACAAAGCAAGUUCCAGGACAGCCAAAGCUACACAGAAACCUUGUCUCGAAGAAACAAACAACAACAAAGAAAGUGUAACAGGAAAUUGGUACUCCCCAGGAGAGAAGACUGAAGUGUGGACAUAGUUUAUGAGAUGAUAAAACUUUACAAAUUGAAAAGAGCUAAAGACGAAAGAGCUAAAGUCACAAACAAGCCAGCCGCAGCACCUAGUCUUACAGCACCUAGUUCUACAGCACGGGCUGACGACUUGAGCCCAAGAAGUCUAAGGCAGCCUUGUCAACAUUGCAAAAACAAAACAAAAUGGAAGCAGCAGGAUAAAUAAAACAACUUAGGCUUUGGGUACAACCUAGUAGCCCCAGUUUCAGUCGAAAGCACUGAAAAUAAAACAAAAUGAUCACAUAAAAGAUUCAAAAACUGUAAAGGAGCCAAGAAAAACAACAGACAACUCUGGCUAUUUUCUGAUGUUGGUAGACUUCACCAGUGAGACAGACCCAGAGUUUUUUAUUUUAAAAAGUUCUAAACCACGGACUCAAAUUAUUUAACAGCUCAGCUCUUCUGGUUAUAUAGUUUUUUGGGUUUCUUCUUUUUUUUUUUUAUGCUUUGGUAGUUUUUUAAGUAUGAAUUGUUCAAGUUACCUCAGAAUUUAACAGUUUAGCCAAAUACAGUGGUGCACACCUGUAGUUCCAGUUAUUUGUGUGGUUCGCGCACGCACACACGCACACACACACACACACACACACUGACUUGAGCCCAGAAAUAAUUUGGGACCACGUGGACAACAGUGAUAUCCUCCCAAUGAUAACAAAAUAAACUUAGCAGCUUGGAACAGUAAACAUGACCUGUCUGAAGCCAGGAGUUCACAGGCAGAUGACUAGAUGUUUCUGGCUUGAGAUAAAAGUGGUUCAAGGUACUAGCUGGCUCUUCAGUCAGGUGACAGACAGGCUGGACGAGCCUCUUCCAAGGUGGGUCAUUCGCACCUUUUAGCGGGAGACCUAGUUCCUUCUUUUUCUAAAUCAGGAAGGCUUAGUUUAUCACAGAUUGUUGGCUACAGGUUCUGUAGUUAAGUGGGGUUCUGCCACUUAAGUAUGGGAACUCCAGAUCCCCAAGCACCCAGGUAAAAGCUGGUGGAUUGCAUGCAUCUGUAACCCCAGCACUGGGGAGCACAGGCUAGUGGAUCCGUGAAGUUCAGUGUUCAGCCAACCUAGCAGAAUCAGCGAGCUCCAGUUCAGUGAGACACCAGGCUCAGAUAAUAAGGUGCAGGAGCCAGGAGGUGGUGGGGCGUACCUUUAAUCCCAGCACUCUGGAGGCAGAGGCAGGUGGAUCUCUGUGAGUUCCAGGACAGCCAAGGCUAUACAGAGAAACCCCAUCUCAAAAAAAAAAAAAAAAAAAAAAUCAAAAUUAAUAAUAAUGGCACACAAAGUGUUGGAGUCAAGAAAAAAACCUUUGACAGUGACCUUUGGCCCCCACUAAUUCACACAUGUAUGCAUACCUGCCUGCACCACACACACACACAGUCAGAAAACAAUUCUUUGGAACGAAAUAAUGACCAUUAUAUCCAUUAGGUCCAUUAGGAGGGGCUUUCAGGUUCACUUUGAGUUUAACCAUCAUGCUCCUUUCCCUUUCCUCUUUUCAAAGAGGCCCCUCUAAUUUCUUGUCUUUUAAGAUUUAUUUUAUGUAUGAAUGCACUAUCUGCAGGUCACCUGUGUACCAGAAGAGGGCAUCAGAUCCCAGUAUAGAUGGUUGUGAGCCACCAUGUGGUUGCUAGGAAUUGAACUCAGGACCUUUGGAAGAUCUGACAGUGCUCUGAACCACUGAGCUACCUCUCCAGGCCCCAGUUUCUUGUUUUUUUAAAAUCUGUGUUCUGUGUAUGAAUGAAAAAGUUGUAUUUGUUUUUCUGUAUUUUGCUUAUUUCUUAUAAUAUGGUGAUUUCCAGUUUUGUCCAUUUGACUAUAGAGGAAAGUCUUUGAUGACAUAAUUUUGUUUUUCAUAGUAGAAUAAAACUCCAUUGUGCUUCUCUA